AUGGCGUUCACUGCUUUAGCACAGGCGACUGACUCCUCUCGCAGGUCGCAACGCGUGAACGAAGAGUGCCAGGAUCGCAACAAUGAGACUGUCUUCCCUGGUGUGGCUGGCGUGCGCGGUCGUGCUGCUGUCACUUUUACAUCGGAGGCACGAAUGCAAGACGGCCUCUUGUGGUCUCCAGGCACCCCGGGAGGAGGCCCCCGCGCAUUAUCUCCGCCCGGCUGCGAAGACGAUGCCUCCUCUACAUCAACCGCCGCUGCCGAUACUGGUCUAGAAACUGAUCCUGGUCCUGAUACUGAUACUAGUACAGAUAUCGAUGCUGAAAUUGAUACUAGUUCAGAUAAUAUUGAUACUGAUAUUGGUCUAGAUAUUGAUACUGACACUGGUUCAGAUAUUGAUACUGAUCCUGGUCCUGAUACUGAUACUGGUUCAGAUAUUGAUACUGAUCCUGGUCCUGAUACUUAUACUGAUCCUGGUCCUGAUACUGAUACUGGUUCAGAUAUCGAUACUGAAAUUGAUACUAGUUCAGAUAGUAAUACUGAUAUUGGUCUAGAUAUUGAUACUGAUUCAGAUAUUGAUACUGAUCCUGGUCCUGAUACUGAUACGGAUCCUGGUCCUGAUACUGAUCCUGGUCCUGAUACUGAUCCUGAUCCUGGUCCUGAUACUGGUUCAGAUAUUGAUACUGAUCUAGAUAUUGAUACUGAUACUGGUUCAGAUAUCGAUACUGAAAUUGAUACUAGUUCAGAUAGUGAUACUGAUAUUGGUCAGGGCAGUGUCAGAGAGAUCUGGGGUGGGGGUGCUGAGGCAAAAGUGGGCGGGCGCCCUAACCCAGGUCUCCAGGCACCCCGGGAGGAGGCCCCCGCGCAUUGUCUCCGCCCGGCUGCGAAGACGAUGCCUCCUCUACAUCAACCGGAGGGGAAGGUGGAAGGGGUUGAUAUAUUAGCCGGGUCAACUGGUGAUCUGGAUCUUAGCAUAGUCCUUACAGAUUUAAGGCGUCUUGUUUCCAUUAUAAAUGCCAAAAGCCAUCACCUGUGGCAGAGUGGACCAACCUUACCAUCAGUAACCAACACAAACCCAUCAUAG